AUGCCUAUCUCCAAGAAAGACCGAAUCCAACGCGAACACCGCAAAGCCGAAAAAGCAGGCACCCGCGCCCCCGUCAAGGCCAACGGCCUCCCCGUCAAGCCUCCCAAGCCAACCUCCAUUUGCCAGAAUUGCCGUCGCGAAAUUGUAAAUACGAACAAGGCGCAGCUGGAGGCGCAUGCGGCGAGUCAUGAUUCAGUAGCUUGGCCUAAGGAGAAGUGUUGGCCUAACGAUUUUUCAUGA